CCUAGUGUUUAAAUUUCUAUAAAGACUUAAAAUAUUUUUAAAAAACUAAUUAAAAUGUAUCAGAUCUAGAUCUAGAAUCUAUGUCUGGAUCUACCCCAUUAAAUAAUAAAUAUAGAUCUAGACCUAAUUUAGAUCUAUAUCUAAGUAUUUUGCAGAAAAGUAGCAAAGACUUGUGAAUCUGAGAAGACGAGCAACUCCGAGUCAACUCGCCGACAGUACAGUACAGUUAAACAGUACAACACUACAAAAAAAAAUGUGGAACAGCCAAGAUUCUGCUCUUAGCAGCCAUAAUACAUCAUCCUUCAUUCAAGACUCACAAUGUUCUGAGUUUUCUCAAAUUAACACCCAGGAUAUGUUUUCUCAAAACAAUUCAGGAGUUCAAAAUGAAAUGUUAUACCAUCAGAAUUCUAAAAAAAUGAGUAUGUAUGAAAAAUGGCUGAAUAAAAGGUCAUUGUAUAAAAAAGAUCCUCAGCAAACAGGAGUAGUUGAAUCAAAAUCACAAAUAUACAAUGAUGCUGCAAAUAAUAGAAUAACAUGUUUAUCAACUGGUAAUAAUUCCUCUGUCAGUUCUGUAAAUAAGCCAACUGCACCUGUAAAAACAUCCCACUUAGCACUCAAACGUUCUUUGGAUAAUUCUCAAAGUAUAACAUCACUGGAAAGCAAUGGUUUAGAACAAAUGAAAAGUGCAUUCCUAGAUUACAGCAUUGAGGUAAAAAACUGCCUCAACUUUAUUAAGGAAAAAGUGGAAAAUGUUGCAGAUAUGUCACAUGAACAACUUAGCCUAACUGUUACUGCAUUUCUUGAAGACAUCUGGAAGAAUCAAGAAAAGUUACAAAAAUUUAUUGAAGAUCAAAAUAAAAGCAAAGCAACUGUUACAGAACUUGAAAAACUUGUUGCAGUGAAAGAUUCCCAGAUCUCUUUUUUGCAAAAUCAACUGCAGAAUGCUAACAGAGAGAAUUCAGAGACAUUAUCAAAAACAAUAAAAGAAAAUAUUGCUGCAUUUCAGCUUCAAAAUGACCAAAAGUUUGAGGAAAUUUUUAAACUGAUCAAAGAAUCAUUUCAAUAUCAGCAUGACCAAUUAGACAAACACAAGACACACAUGGAGAAGUCAUUAUGUCAACAUGGGACUUUGGAAAAUUCAUUUACGGACACAAUAGCUGAACUUGAAAAAAAAAUAUUGUCAGAAAUUAAUAAAUUUCAAAAAAGUGUAUCAUUAAUUGAGAAAAAUUCCAAACCUAAUUCAAGAGAGGACUUCAGCAACCUUUUCAGAACAUAUAAUAAAGAAAUUAUGGACAGUCUGGCCAAAUACGUGAAGCAAGCUGAAAAGCUACCAUCAGGAUUUAAAAAUAUGUUUAAUGCACAGUACAGGGAACUUUUAAGUACCCAGAUAAAAUCUUUGAAAACUCAGAUUGAUGAAAUAAUGAAAGUCAACACAAGUUCUACAAAUAUCACCCUUGCAAAAAUACAGAAAUCAGUUACAGAGAAUAAUGAAUUGAUGAUACAGGCUGUUGGUCAUAACAUCAAUAAUACUGAUACUUGUGCCAUUUUAGAACUCAUAGAUGAAAGAAUUAACAAAUUUUUGUCUUCAAUGAACGACCAUUUUCACCAAAAUAACUCCAAUACGUUUGCAAAUAAUCCAACCAAGUUUUUGCAUAGUCCUGGAAAAGAUCCUCAUUCUAAAAAGGACUCUGCUAUUAGUUCAGCGACUUAUUUAAAUCACCAAACACCAUUCCCCAGUCUGAAAAAUAACACUCCCAGUACAAGACCAGUGCCUUCUAAAAAGUACUGCACUAGAUCAUCAGGCUGUUUGACAUCCAAUAGUCCUAAUAUACAAUAUGCCAAAAAAUGUCAAUCGAGUGACAAAAUUUUAAGGAGUAAUACAUCUAAUGAUGGGUGUCUUAAAGGUCAAAACUGGAAAAGUAUGAAACAUGAUGUCAGCAGUCACGAAAAUUAUGUUCCAGAUAAAAAUUCAUCAGAUAUGCUUAAUGCAACAAGGUUAAAUAAAGGAAAACAGUGUAUGAAAGUUAGCUCCGAUGAACUGGUAGGAUAUUCUGAAAAUUUGACAUACCUUUCAUCUACAAAACAAAAGAGCAAAAACCAAAAUACUGAAAAUAGCAUCUAUACAAGAAAGAGAAGUAGAAGAAACAGCAAUUUUGUUGUUGAAGAAGACAUGACACUUGUCUAUAAUUCUAAACAAAAUACUAAUUCACCGAUGCAUUCUGUAUAUGAACCACCAAGAAAAUCUGCUAGGACAGAAUUUGCUUCAAAUGCUUCAGAAAAUGCAAAUGAUAGAAUGAAAAAUCAACAAUGGUUGAACAGCAGAACUAAACCACUCAAGCUAUGCAACAGUCAACACUUACAACCAUUCAGUGUCAAAGCAUCCACUCAAAAUGAUAAAUUACCUUACCCUAACUUAACACUAUCAUCUUUUAUUACAAAAGGAUUUACAAAAAAUGACGGAUACGCCAGUGAUACAAACAGUUGUCAUUCAUCUCCUACGAUAUCGAUAACCCAGAUGACCAUUAAAAAAGUGAAUGCCCGCAGCCCUUAUAGAGAGCGUAUGAUGCCAAAUUUCUACAAGAACCACAGCUUUCAGAGGAUUACAAGCCCAGUGCCAACUUUGCUUUCAGAUAUUAAUAAUAUGUAACUGUAAUACAAAAAAGAACUUGUUUAAAGUUAUUUUACUUAAAUUUCACUUAAUAAUUAAUUGCCCACUUAUUUGAGAGUUUGUCAGUUUUGCAUGGUUUAUUACUUUUAUUAAUGAAGAAAGCAAGAGCACAAGCUUUUAAUGGCCACUUUCAACAAAUAUAAUGUUUAUAAUCUCCUAAGCACAAUUAAAAUAAAAAGGGCAAAACUGA